AUGGACCCGUCCACGGCCAAGGCGACCGCGCCGCCCAAUAAUGCGGACCACGUCCUCCUCAUCCCGCCCGACCACCAGCCGCCAACGCCGCCAACGCCGCACCCGAGCAAUAACCAGCAGCCGAACCCACCGCCGGCGGAGACACCCAAACUCUCGCAGAACCCCGAGAAGCAUCCGACCUCCAGCCCCUCGCGCCCGCCGCUGCCCCCCGCGGCGCUCCUCCGCCGCCGCUCCUCCAUCGCCAAGCCCAAGUCGCGCUUCGUGGAGCCGCCCACCCCGACGCACCCGGACUCCGCCCACCCUUCCCCAGUCCACUCCGCCGCCGGCGGCUCGCUGACCGCCACCCCGACCCAUCGCGCCGCCGCGGGCAUCUCCACCCCGCACACCCCCGCCGAGGCCGACGACGACGAGGACCUCUUCCGCAACAAGGACGACUCCCGCGCCGGCCUCCGCGGCGCGCUGCCGCCGCCGGGCCCGCCUCGGCCUCGAGCUCUGCGUGCUUGUCCUCUUCCUCGGCCUGCUCGUCGUCAGCCUCGUCGUGCCGACCCUGCAGGGCCGCGUCUUUGGCUCGUCACGCUGCUCGUCUUCGUCGUCGAGCGCAACUUCCUGCUGCGCACCAAGGUGCUCUACUUCGUCUUCGGGCUCAAGAAGAGCUUCCAGGUCUGCCUCUGGCUCGCGCUCGUGCUCAUCGCCUGGUCCCAGCUCUUCGACAGCGACGUCGGCCGCUCCCAUAAGACCGCCAGGAUCCUCAACUACGUCUCCAGGUUCCUCGCCUCCAUGCUCAUCGGCUCCGUCAUCUGGCUCGUCAAGACCUUCCUCAUGAAGCUGGUCGCGUCCACGUUCCACCGGAAGACCUUCUUCGAUCGGAUCCAAGAGAGCGUGUUCCAUCAGUACGUGCUGCAGACGCUGUCGGGCCUGCCGUUGAUGGAGCUGGCGGAGAAUGUGGGGCGGGAGGGUAGUGGCCUUGGGCGGGUCAGCAUCAGCAGGUCCAAGGACAAGGAGGAGAAAGGCGUGCCGGAGGUGAUCGAUGUUGUCAAGCUCUUGAAGAUGAGUCAGGAGAAGGUCUCAGCAUGGACGAUGAGAGGUCUCAUCACAGCAAUCCGAAGCUCUAGGCUGUCAACCAUUUCUAAUACCAUCGAGAGCUUUGAUGAUGUAGAUGGCAUGGAACAGAAGGAUAAAGAGAUAAAUAGUGAAUGGGAGGCCAAGGUCGCAGCAUAUGCCAUAUUCAAGAAUGUCGCAAGGCCUGGCUAUAAGCACAUUGAGGAGGUGGAUCUGCUGAGAUUUUUCACCAAGGAGGAGGUGGACCUGGUGAUUCCAAUGUUUGAGGGAGCAUCAGAGACCGGAAAGAUAAAAAAGUCUGCUCUAAAGAAUUGGGUGGUGAAAGCAUACCUCGAUCGCAAAUCACUAGCACAUUCUCUGAAUGACACAAAGACCGCGGUUAUGCAACUUCACAACCUCAUCAGUGUUAUAGUCAUCAUUAUAAUCAUCAUCGUUACGCUACUGUUGAUGGGCAUCGCGACAACCAAGAUCCUUGUUGUCAUCUCGUCCCAGCUUCUGGUUGUGGUAUUCAUAUUUGGGAAUGCAUGCAAGACUGUAUUUGAGGCCCUUAUAUUUGUAUUCAUCAUGCAUCCAUUUGAUGUUGGUGACCGCUGUGUUAUCGACGGAACACAGAUGACUGUCGAGGAAAUGAAUAUAUUAACCACUGUUUUGUUGAAGAAUGACAACGAAAAGAUAUAUUAUCCGAAUUCUGUGUUGUCCACAAAGCCAAUCAGCAACUUUUACCGAAGCCCUAACAUGUAUGACACGAUUGAUUUUGCAAUUGAUGUUUCAACUUCAGUUGAGAGCAUUGGAGCAUUAAGGUCCAAAAUUAAAGGGUACUUGGAGAGCAAACCAACACAUUGGCACCCUGUCCACACAGUAAACCUGAAGGACAUCUUGGAUGUGAACAAGAUCAACAUGUCUCUCUCUGUCCAGCACACCAUGAACUUUCAAAACAUCCGGGAGAAGAACAUCAGGAGGUCUGAGCUCGUUAUGGAGUUGAAGAAAAUAUUUGAGGAGAUGUCCAUCCGGUACCACCUUCUACCCCAGAAAGUUGAACUCACCUAUGUCAGUCCGAACCCAUUGCCCAUGGCUGUUUCUCAUACAAUAUAG